AUGGCACGCGACACCGUCGAUCUCCGUUCCGACACCGUGACCCGGCCCACGGACGCGAUGCGCGAGGCGAUGAUGCGCGCCGAGCUCGGGGACGACGUCCUCGGCGACGACCCGACGGUGCGGGCGCUGGAGGAACGGGUCGCGUCGGUGCUCGGCAAGGACGCGGCGUGCUUCGUGCCCUCGGGGACGAUGGCGAACCAGGCGUGCGUCCGGGCGCAGACGGAGCCGGGCGACGAGAUCGUGGCGCACGAGGGGAACCACGUGUACGUCUACGAGGGCGGGGCGUGGGCGGCGGUGUCGGGGUGCAGCAUCGCGCUGCUGCGCGGGGAUCGGGGGAUGUUCAGCGGCGAGGACGUGAGGCGGAGCGUGCGGCCGGACGACACGCACUUCCCGCGGACCCGCCUCGUGUGCGUGGAGAACACGCACAACCGCGGGGGCGGCGCGGUGUGGCCCCUGGCGAGGCUCCGCGACGUGACGGAGACGGCGCACGGGCUCGGAUUGCGGACGCACCUGGACGGGGCGCGACUGUGGAACGCGCACGUGGCGUCCGGCGUCGCGCUGGACGAGCUGGCGCGCGGCUUCGAUACGGUCUCGGUGUGCUUCUCCAAGGGGCUCGGGGCCCCGGUGGGCUCGGCGGCGGCGGGGGACGCGUCGACCAUCCGGAAGGUGCGCCGGCUCCGGAAGAUGCUCGGCGGCGGGAUGCGCCAGUCCGGCCUGCUCGCGGGCGCGGCGCUGCACGCGCUGGAUCACCAUGUCGACCGGCUCGCGGAGGACCACGAGCACGCGCACCUACUCGCGAGCGCGCUCUCCCGCCUGCCCGGGUUCCGGGUCGACCCCGAAUCGGUCGAGACGAACAUCGUCUACGCGACAAUCGCGGAGGGGUCGGUCGCGGGCGGCGCGGCGGGGUUCGUUCGAACACUCAGCGAUUUGGGUGUGCGGAUCCUUGCGGUCGAUAACCAGAUCAUCCGAGUGGUGACGAGCCUGGCCGUCGACCGAACGUCCGUUGCGAGGGCGAUCGAGGCGUUCGAGGCUGCUGCGUCCCGCUUAUGCGUCUGA